GUGGAAGAGGAGGAUGGGCUGAAGGGAGGGAAGAAGGAGAAGUAGGUCAAGGGACAAGACAAAGGAGGAUGAGAGAGACAGGUGGGGGAGAAAGGUGAUGGCAAGUGACUAACAGGAGAGAUGAUCCCUGCAAAGUGCUGGGUUUGAGACUGUCACAGCCAAGGCUGUCAGGAACAGAAAGUUCUGUGAAUCACCAAAGGUUCUCCCGCUUGGGCUUUUUUUGCAGCUGCUCUUAGUGACUUUGGUCCCUUCCAGGUUUUUUCCCUACGGUUGUCUCUAGCAUCCUUUGGAGGGAAGGCAGGCAAGGACGGGAGGUACCACCAAUACCCUAAUGCUCAUAGGCAGGAAGGAGAGACUAGGGAUUCCCCUGCUAGAGUUGAGGCCAGAGGCAAAAAAUGAUGCUGUAGCAUUCCCAGAAGAUCUCUGAUGCUGCUCUCCAUGCUGGGGAAAUUCCGAUCUGGAAGAGAUGAGCUGAAAUAUCCAUACUUUCCAUUGAUCUGAGAUUCUUGUGGUUUCCUCCUUCACUGCCACUGCCCAUUCCCUGAUGACGGCAGCUAUGCAGGAAGAAUGUGAUCUGCCAUCCUCACUCCUCCUCCCUGGCAGACCCUGCAUGCUGCAUCCUCCUGCAGGCAGGCACCAGCACACGAUGGCUUUAAGGGCAAACGUGGCUGGCGCACACUCUUGUCCCCAUGCCUGCCCUCUAACCGUCGGUCCAGGUGAGUGAAAUGGCUACAAACACGGAAGCAGAGCCACCUGUGUGUGACAGUUGCACCGGUAUCGUGCCCUGCACAAUGCAUGUGGCUCUAAGGCAGGGUGUGCUGUGAGCCUACAAGGCUCCCUGUGCUGUUUUCUCCACUAGCAGCCCAGGUAUAUCAGGGUGUUCAGCAGCGAGUCUGGAAGAUUAUGGUUUUUUUUUUUCUCUUGGGUGAAGAGAACAAAAAAAGCUCUCUUGCUUAUAGUUUUGAGUUAGGGCGUUUAUUUGCUACUGGAUGCGAUCCAGUGGAUUCAGCACCUCGCUGUUUAUUUUUGCUCGAAGACACGGUUUUUCUCCCAGUCGAAGAUCAUAAAGGCACACGGAGUGGCAGGAGGCCAGCGGCUCUCUGGCUACGAGCUGCGGUGGUGGGGUGUUAGGCUCAUGCUUCUGGGGGGAACUUUAGAGCAGGCGAUGGAGUGGGAUGGUGGAGGCCCAGACUGUAGCAGCAAGGCUCAGAAAACAGCCAGUCCCAGCAAACCUGCAGAACAUUUCAGAGAAAGUUUAGCUUUUUGGGAACCUCCUGUAGCUUCCCCAGAAUAUUUUUACUCGUGGGCAAAAUUGGUAAGCAUUCUUUAUUUUUAAAACAACGGUUUAUAUUCUGCUCUUGUCUGCGGUAGCGUCACUGCCAUCGAUGUAUUUGUCUUUCACCUUUUAAUGCUUGCCAUUCCUGGAACAUCUCCUGCUCGGCAGCUGUUUGUAGGUGGUUUUUUUCCUCUCCCAUCGCCAUGUACCUUUCCUUCCUGUUCGAGGCAUCCAUAAACCUCUCAUGGUGACAUCAUAGCUGUUUCCAUAGCAACAGAUUAUGAUACUAGAACAGAGGAUAAUAUCAAACAGGAGGAGGAAGAGAUAAAUUAUGGUGUUUGUGUGCAUGUGUCUGAAGGCUUGAUUAUAUUCCUACAUCUCAUCCGAGGAUGUUGUCUGCCCAGUUUCUUCUCUGUUUAUCUUACAUGCCUUUUAAAGGUUAGAGGAAAGCUAAAAAAAAUAAAGAAGACGUAGAGGUCAGAACAAUACGGACACGUAUUUUUUGAUCGUUUCCAUGUAAACCUGGUAGGCUGAGAUUUAUUUUGUUUAUCUCAGCGGUAGCUCUCCCAUGUCCCCUGAGAGUCAACUAGGCUGCAAAAAAACUUGGAAGCGCAACAGUUCUCCGGUGCGACUUCACCUUUAUUUUAAUUUCCAGUUAUUGAUAUCCACUGGCAGUCGGGGUCCCAAAGCAGGGAUCUUUGUGCUGUGCGUUUUCCAGAUGAUGGAUGAGUGGAACGUUGCCCUCAGAGAGCUCACAACCUGUAUUAACGAAAGGGUGCAACAGGUGCUCAAAUCUUCCGUGUCUGCCGUGGGGAGAACAGGGAGAGGUACACAGAAGAAGAAUGUCAGCAGAAGUGUGGCCACUGGAAGAAGCUCCAACCUGCCCUGAGCAUGGCGGUGGCAGAGGCUGAGCCUCACCUUUACAAUCAUAGAAAUAUCCCAAGUUGACAGGGAGCCAUAAGGAUCAUCGAGUCCAACUCCUCGCUCCACACAACUCCACCCAAAAAUCAGGACAAAUGAUUGACCCAGCGUCAGGAUUUUACAGUGGAGUUUCUGUAAGAGCUGCUUUGGAAGGCCUGGGGGCUCUGCUUUGUGACCAUCUGGGUGCUUUCUCCAAGUGGAGCUGACAGCAGCAGGACUGCAGUGGGACACAUCUGUGUUGCUCCAUGCUUACGCUGGUGGAAUGGCUGUCUGCGUAAAGCAUGAGGCUGGAGGUGAAGGACUUCUAGCUGAAUGCAUGGGGUUUUAUUUUAUUCUCCUAGGCAGCAUUUACUGUUGACAAAUUCCAGAGAGUUUGGCAUGAAUUUUCAGGAGGUCUCUGUUUUGCUUCUAAAUAGAGGUAAUUUCUAGCCACUCUUCUUGCUUUCCUAUUUAGAUGAUUGACUUUUAGAGGCUGGAGCUAAAAUUGCUGAGAAAACCCUUGUAGAUACGCUCAUAGCUCUGUGUGCACACAAUCUUUAAUCUACCUCUCAAGACAACAUUUCUGGGGAGUAAAGUAGCUAUUGCUAGCCUUGAAAAUACCCAUUGUAGGGUCUGCUCUAACAUGGCAAAUCUGUUGUGGUGCUAUUGAGCAUAUGAACAAUGGCACAAAGUUCUGAUCCUAAAGCUCUCUGCUGCUGCAGGGAGAACUGUAGACUAGGGACCUCAGCAGGGCAGGAUAAAGUAUGACUGCCUCAACCUGCAGCCAUCAGUGCUGCUAACUCCCAGAUAAACAGCAUGGUGCUACUGUUCUCCUUCAGCUAUCCCACCAGCCUGGCGGAAGGUCACUGAGUGUUAGCUGUCAGUGGAAAAAAACAAGUAAUAUGUAACAUAUUGGCUGGCUUCAGCCAUGCAGUGGGGUAGGUGAGUACGUAAUGAGGUUGUUUCCGCGAGGGUGAUUUGGUGCCUUGCGGCAAGAUGUGCCCUGGGUCAGCAGAAGAGGAGCACACAGAAGCUCCCUGGCUUGUGGCAGGCUACUGAUGGGCUUUGUGGCCACGGUGAGUGAAGAGUUUUUGGUCCAGCUCAGUGCAGCCAGGCUCAGAAGAUGUUGGCAAGUGGGAGGAAUUGAGUGAGGCGCUCGGGCACUGUAACUCCGUCAGGGGUUAAAGUUAUAAAAUGCACGAGCACAGAACAGCUCAACAGGAGUUAAUAGUUAGGUCACCUUCAUGGAAGCAUACUGGAAGCCAGCACAGACCACAGAGGACUGGUUUGGUGUGCUUCCCGUGCACAGCUCGCAUAAUGACAGGCUCCAGUGCUGUGUGCUAGCCCUGUUUCUGAGCAGGCUGAUAGCACUGUCCUGCAGGGAGCUGGCUGCUGCAGGCAGAACUCAUAGGAAUGGGGCAGUGGGGGCUGCACCGACGUCCUCUGCAGAGAGAAGGGAGAUUGCAGCCUUUUCUCUGAACCUGGAUUUAAAGGGGGAUAAUUCCUGGCUGCAGCUAGCUUCAGGGCUCUGUGGAGAAACCCAAGACAUAAUAGUUCCCCCAGGGCAUGUGCCUGCAAAGCAAGUGGGGAUCACGUUUAGUCGUGAGUAGAAUUCCUUCAUCUCUUCUGGCGCUACCACUGGCUCCACCAGAAACCUGCCUUCUCAUCAAACUCCCCCUCUGUGUGCUCUCAACAUCGGAGCGUGGAUGUAUUUAGCAGGCGGGGAAAAGAAACAUGUUGCAAACCCCAUUUAAAAUAGCUGCACUGCCUGAGAAGGACAUGUGAGACCCAGACGCAGGCGUACCCCAUUGGUGGUGACAAUACUUUUCUUGCAGUGUCAUUUUGUCAUUCCUUAUCUGAGGCUGUGAGCACCUGGAUAAUGAAAGUGCAGCUUCCCAAUGCCUACACUGUCUGAAAGCACACACGAGUUGGAAGGGACUGUAGAUACCAUUUGUGAGAGGAUGCAAGGGAAGAAUAUGCAUGUAUGUAUGUAUGUAUGCACAUGUGGGAUGCUUCCCUUGUUUGCAGGCACAUGUAGGACUGCAGACGCGUGUUUGGUGUGGCUGCCCCUCCUUUGUCUACUGAAGUCUUCCUUCUGCAAGGAAUGAAGAAGGGAGAUUUAUAAAUAUAUAAAUAAGGCCCUUCUAUCUGCUUGUGAGCCGUCUCAGCCUGUACAGGAGGAAAUAUACACAAGGUGAAUGCAGGGUGUUUCUGUAGAGCGAUGCCGUGGCAGCGUAUGCGUUGGCAGGAGUGCUGUCUGCAGUCUGUGCAUAAGGGGCUGUGUAGCCUUUGCGAGCGUGGAAGGCUGUAAAUCACAGAGUGUUCAGGAGGGGACACUGCCACUCUGCCUGUAAAAGGCAGGGAAGGAUUUUGAAGCAACGUGACUCUUUCAGGCUGAAGAAAAGAGUUGCUAGAAAUCCAAGCUGGGGGAAGAAAAGAAAUAAAGUAUAACCAAGCUAUUUUGGCUGGAAAGGAUCUGUAAUCCACAUCCACCAGCUCGUCUCCAUCCUGACGCAGAACAGCUGCAUGCCUGGCAUCUUAUGCACACCUCUCCCAGCAUCAGCUUUUGGCGGCCCUGCUGAACUGCUUCCUGGGUCUCCCUCCAGCUCUGCUUGUGCUUCUCUGUUCGGUCCUGCUGCAUCCUCAGUUAUUUCAGUCUUGAUGUGCUCCUACAAUGUAGCUGGCAUUUAUAUGCAACACAGUAUCUGCUAGGGAUUCUGUACCCAUUUAGAUGUGUUGAGCGUACCACUCAUAAAGUAUCUGAUGUGGGUGGGACCACCUCAGUGAAGUAGCUGUAUCUGUUUCAGUAUCGCUAUAGGUAGGUGUCUGAGCCCUCAUUUUGCUUAAAGUGAACCCCUGCCACUGCGGAGUUCCUGCCUUUAGGACUGGGCUUGGCUUCAGAGUUCUUCGGUGCUCCUCCAGAAUCAUCUCUUUUUCUCAGGGGAGUACUUGAGUCAUUAACAGUCCCUGCACUUCCUCUAAGCCAGGGGGAACUGAAGGGCUUUUAGGAAGAGGAAGCCUUCCUGAAAGGAGACCUAUUCUUUCCCUUGCGGAGCUCUGUCGCAAACAGACACCGUGUCUCCUGCCAAAAGCCCCUGCCUGUAGGGAAUAAGGUGGGGAGGAGGAAGGUGGGAUGGGGCUGAGCGACAAGGCAGGGCAGGGCUUCAGGUGGGCAUGCCUCGUGCUUUUGAUAGCGGGUGCAAUAAAGCAGAGGUUUGUGGCUACGCUGGGGGUAAGUUAGGAACAUGUUUAUGUCAUUUGGCAUCACUGGAACAAGUUGCAGGUCGUAGAUUUUCAUUUGGGUUUCAUUAUUUUUCUGCAGCAGCCAUCAACAAAUGAGAAGUUUUCCCAAAUGCCUUGCAGCUGUGCUUGGUUCUCCUAUCUCGCUCUGUGUCGCUGCAGGACUGGCAAGAGGGCUUGGGCUUUCCACCCCCGUUUUGUUGUCUUCUCCCUUCUGUCCUUACCAGCUUCUGCCCCUUUGCCUCCCCCCCUCUACCACAGCCCUGUCACGUUUAGUCACGCUUGGCUGAAGGUUACCAGCCCACUGGAGGCCUUCAUGGCCGAGGACAUGCUGAGCCACGUGUUGAGAGCAUGCUGGCUUUCCUUAGGGGUGGAAUCCUCUGCUGCCGGCCUCUCGCCCUGCAGGGCAGUGGGUGUGUGGAGGAGUGGGAGUGCAGGCGUGCUCAUGUGGCGAAAACACUCCAUGGUUACCGUGAAAUGUUUGCUAAAAAGGCAGAUAUUGGGAGAGAUUCCAUUAAACCAGGCACAGGGAGCAGCAGGAUCUCCUGAUGGUGCCCGUUGUGCUCUUUGGGGAUGCAGGGGAGAGUAGGUACCCUUGCCCUGCUUGGGGCUGAUCUAUGGUGUCAGGUUUUCCCAUUUUGGGGUCAUUGGUGGCAAGCUAGCAGCGGAGGAAACCCAGCCCUGUGUUGUUGGCUGAGCUAUGCUUAAGCCCUGUGUAAGCUCCGAUUUGGAGGCUUAUGUGGACCUUCAGUGUCACACGGGGAUGCUGGCAGGCUGUGGGGCUGAGUUUCACCCUGUGUGAGCCAUGUCAGCCGACAAGGAGGGCAGGCCCAGGUGGCCACACAGGAAACCCCAGCAGAGCUUCUGGUCCCAGCACAAGCAUUGGACUUGGUCAGCUUUUAAACUUUUAAAGAAAUCUAGGUGUGACUAAUUGUGGCUAGCAGUUCUGACCUCUGUGGUUUUCCCCUGGAUGCCCAAAAUUGGAAAAAAACAGGUUAAUUCUGCCUGCAAGCCAGCUGGCCAUCAUCCAUCCCGUUACAUACGUUCACCCUAUAGUUCAGUCCCUGAGCAAGUGCACUUGGCUUGUGGUGGGCAGAUCACCCCUGCUGCUUCACCCCAGGACAGAAGGCUCAUCUCCUGAAGGCCAGUUAGCCAUUGGGGUGGGCAGUGGCUGGGGUAGCCCCAUCCAGCCCACCUUCCUACCAUGUUCAGGUCCAUAGGGCAUAGGACGUUGGCUGGCGUGCUGGAUUGUUGGUGUUAGUCAGCCUUUACAAGAAAACAGAUUAUUUCUAAACCACAGCUAGGAGUGUAGACCAUAUCGGAGCCUGGGUAACUGUAAAUCCUAGCUCUCAUUUGCACAAAUACAUGUGGUUCCAAUCCUAAGGGCAUUUUGCUUUCCCCUGCCUGUACCUUAGUUUUAGAAACAUGUAAGUUUAAUUUGGAUUUGUUUCUCGAAAACACCACCAAAUGUGGCCAGGGCUGGGUGGCUUUUAAAUUGUAUUUGACACAGAGGGAAUAAAGGGGAUCUGGAGUCUCCAUGAGGUAGCAACUAGGGGAAGCUUGUCACUUACGUGCUGUCACGGGGGAGCACUGAAGAGACUGUCUACAGUGGGAGAGCAGUGAUGGUAUUUGCAGUCUCUUAAUAGUAGGUUUGCUGCUCAGAUCAGACCUCUCAACUUUCUGCUGGCCCAGCCAUUGAGACCCCACAUGCUGGGUUAUGUUUCAGGGGUGAACCUAAGUGUAGGGUCAUCUGGUGGAUAAAUGUCCUGUCAAGUGAUAGGGUUGGGCUAUGUGGCGAGGUUGCUGCGGGAGAGGGAGGAGAUGCUGGCUAGUUGGGCUCUUUCCAGCACAGAAAAAUGCAGGGUGCUCCUGCCUCUCUUUGUGCUCCAGGGCCCCUGGGGCAAAGAAGUGGGAGUAGAUGUUUGCCCUGAAUAUGGGAGGGGGUGCAAAUCCACCUGAAAAAGGAGGACUGCCCCCGUUAAAGGACAUCCACCCUUAGCCCAUUACCGUCUGUGGAGGUGAGGGACAGUUUUGUGUCCUCUUCUGCCUUUCAGCCAGCAGGAAUGCACUCUGCUAGUGAUCACCUCGACUGGGGCUUCCUGUCACCCUCUCUUGCCACGCUGAUGGGUUUCAUGACACCGCUCUUAGCACCUGAGGAUGGGUGUGAAAAGGGAGGAGCUGAAGGAAGUGGAGGAGGAGGAGGUGGAGACAGUGGCAGUGGUGUGAGUUAAUACAAGACCCAGUGGGAAGCAGCAGCAGGCAGUAUUAUUUCAGUGGUUUGAGCCAAAACUUUCUCUCUUUCUCUCUCAUUAAAUUACAACUAAUGCAAGUAGCAUUGUGAAGGAGGAAUUUGGGAACUGUUGUUCAUCAUCCAAUCAGUUGUAACAAAUGUGCUGCUCAGUGCCAUAGCCCAUAGCCUUGAUGAGAAGUUACUCACUUGGUAUUUGCAGGCAUGACAUGCAUGCCAUAAAAAUUCCACUGUAAGCAUUAUUCCAGCAUUAGCGAGGGGAUAUGAAAAUAAAUGACGAGCUAUUGUUUUUCAUUAUUAGGUCCAGGCUUUUUGCUCCUGUCUUUUUUUCCCAUCUUCUGUUUGUGGGAGAGGGAGUUCUCCGUUCCUUUUGUUUCCUUGUCUCAGCCACACCUGUACUCUCCCACUUCUUCUCCUGCCUGUCUUCAGGAAUAAGGUGGAUGGCUGGGUCUAGAUUUGGAGGUUAACCAGAGCAGUUCAUUAGACUGCUGUAGCAAAUCACCACAGAGUGGUACGAUAUCAGUGAGGAUCUCAGCAUUUUGUUAUGGGUCUACAAAGCCGUUUUGCCCCAACUGUCCCCCAAGGGCAUUGAGUCUUCCCUUUUCAUGGUUGCACUGGCAAGCAAGACUUUGGAGACGGGUCAGCAAUCUGCUACUUUGAGGCAAUCUGCAAGCUUUAAAUCCCUUUUCUAUUAUUUAAGAGAAGAAAGAAAUAAGUGGGAAAGCUCUUGAGGCAGCUGUCAGUCCGGAGGUGCAGGAGCAGCCUGUAGCUUGCCAUGGUCAGUGCUUAAAAGGAGAAAUACACAAAAUGGGCAGAGGGGGAUCAGUGACCCACAGUUGUGAGAGGAUGCCUCUGCAUUCCAGUGGGCUUUCCUGCAUUUUCCAUGUACUUUUAUAAAUGGGAGGAAGUUGAACGUGUCAGGAGAAUGAGGCAGUUAAAUAUUAUUUAUCACUACUUGCUACCAGGGGGUGACCAAAGAAGAAAGUGUAGCAAUUUCAGAAAUGACCCCUGUUCCUAGGAUCAUUGGUUCCUGGGGCUGGUUUAGGCAGGCAUGCAAACGCCCACCUGCUCCAAAUAAAAGACUUCUUUGGAAAAAACGGGCUUAAGUAUCCCCAUGAAAUCCCUAGGCUGAGUCAGUAUCAGCACUGUACAGGAUUCCUGCGCUCUGAAUCUUAUUCUUAAUCAGCUAACCCAGGCAGUCUUUCAUGUCACUGAGUUGCUUCUCACUCCCGUGGCCCCAGCCCGUGUUGGCUGUUCAGCAGAAGGCCUGGCUGAGCUGAAGGCAGAUGGCAGGGUAGGAGCCUGUGCUGAUCCUACUGCUAUUAACUCUACCACUCCUCUGCACAGCAAGCUGCUCCCUUUGAACAUCAGCAGAACCGUUUUUAAAAGCCCUGCAGCCCAGCCUUGUGUGACAGAAUAGCUCAUUUUGUCAGGGAAAAAGAUACCUUGGCAAACUUUUGAGCAUUAGCCGUCAGGGGUAACCUCAAGACUCGGCAAAAAGCAGCCAUGGGCUUUGAGAGAAGAGCAGAAGCCAGCUGCAGGUGUCGUGUUCCCACCUGGAAGGGGAUGUACGAAAACCUUGUCUUUUUUUUUUUUUCUCCCCAUUUUCUUCAUUCAUUUUCUCAGGAGCGCACAGCGUGCACCGGAGUUCUCUGUGACAUCACUUUGCACGUCAUCAGGGUUGUGAAAUCCAAAGCUGUGGAAUCACUUCACUCAUUCACUCAUGUGUUCCCAGCAUAACUGGGUGCAGAGCGACCUGCAGGAUGUUGUGGUUAUUGUGGGCAGCGAUGUCCCGUGGGCCUGCUUGUUUCUCAGGCCAAGUAUCCCCCUCUCCUCGUAAUCUGCACUUAGUGCUGUGCACAUACACAACAGAGCUGUAGAAUGCACAGCCUUAAACACACUGACAGCACAUGUGGCUCUCGCUGGUUCACCUCAGGGCUGUUUCGAAGUCCUGUGUCCCUCUGCCUGAGCUCCUCCGUGCAGCCCCUGCUGAGAUGUCCAAGAUCCUUUCAACGGCAAAGCGCUACCCGCACUCAGUUCUGCUAGAAUUUUGCAAUAUGCCUGAAUCAGGGUGGUGGUGGCACUGGGUGUGAAGCCAUCUACUCAUAUUUGCUUAUGAUCUAAGAAAGUGCUUUCAGUUCAGACCUCAAAGAACGAGCUGCUGUGUCAUUUGAAAUUGUGUUACCAGCAGAAACGUAUGACCUCAUGGUAUGAAUAAGCAAGAGGAGAUUAGCAAUAAGUAAGCCUCUGCUGUACAUAAAUGUCCAUAGGAAAAAGAAAAAAGAAAUCUUAAUAGAAGACUCAGUUGUCUGCGUAAGCGAAGGCUGGGGAUAUGAGUAAUGUGCUGGUUCUUUUGUAUGUCCAAUGUGAUUCUGUUGUUCCUUCUUUGAUUCAGGCCUCUUCCUUUGCUUUCUGUGCUCCCUAGCUCUCCUAAAGGACUUUUUCUGCCUUCUAGGAGGGUGCAGACCAGGAAGGGUAGAAGGGCUCAGUGAGGAAGGAGUUAAAGGACUGCUCAGUGGGGAUUAUAAAACAGUCAGGCACUUGGAAACAGUUAAGAAGAGAGAAACAGAUCUGCCAGGAGGGAGUGUGGCAUUGGAGCCAGCGAUUUGUUUUGUUACCUCCUUACAUGGCGAUGCAGAAGACCCUCCCAGAAUGGGCACCAAGGUAUGGCCUCGCAUGUGCAAGUUUUCUCUCCUCACACCCUUCAGUCAAGUGCCUUCUGUAGCGUGAAGAAACUGAAAGUAGAGCCGAGUUCGAACUGGGAUAUGACUGGGUACGGCACACACAGCAAAGUCUACAGCCAGAGCAAGAGCGUACAGUCCUCCCAAGCAGCCGCCGCAGCCGCCGUCAACGCCUCCCUCCAGAUCCCCAAUCCGAGCAUCCCUUACGAACAGACCAUCAUCUUCCCAGCAAGCACGGGGCACAUCGUGGUGACGUCCGCCAACAGCACUUCCGGUGUGGUGGCAGUGUCUGGGCAAACACUGGGCGGACCACACAACCUGAUGCGUCGCAGCACUGUGAGCCUUCUGGACACCUACCAAAAAUGUGGACUUAAGCGAAAGAGUGAGGAGAUUGAGAACACGAGCAGCGUGCAGAUCAUCGAAGAGCAUCCACCAAUGAUUCAGAACAAUGCCAGUGGGGCCACUGUAGCCACCGCCACCACCUCCACGGCCACCUCCAAAAACAGUGGCUCCAACAGCGAAGGGGAUUACCAGCUGGUGCAACAUGAGGUGCUCUGUUCCAUGACCAACACGUACGAAGUGUUAGAAUUUCUUGGCCGGGGAACCUUCGGACAAGUAGUCAAAUGCUGGAAACGUGGCACUAAUGAGAUUGUGGCCAUCAAGAUCCUAAAGAACCAUCCUUCCUAUGCCCGGCAAGGCCAGAUUGAAGUGAGCAUCCUGGCACGGCUGAGCACAGAAAGUGCGGAUGACUACAACUUUGUCCGUGCGUAUGAGUGCUUCCAGCACAAGAAUCACACGUGCUUGGUCUUUGAAAUGUUAGAGCAGAACCUCUAUGAUUUCCUAAAACAAAACAAAUUCAGUCCCUUGCCCCUUAAGUACAUUCGACCAAUUCUCCAGCAGGUAGCAACUGCACUAAUGAAGUUGAAAAGCUUGGGACUGAUUCAUGCUGAUCUUAAACCAGAGAACAUCAUGUUGGUAGAUCCAUCCCGACAGCCGUAUAGGGUCAAGGUCAUAGACUUCGGAUCAGCUAGCCAUGUGUCUAAAGCUGUGUGUUCAACCUACCUUCAAUCCAGAUAUUACAGAGCCCCUGAAAUCAUCCUCGGUUUACCAUUCUGUGAAGCAAUCGAUAUGUGGUCAUUGGGAUGUGUCAUUGCAGAGCUGUUCUUGGGCUGGCCUUUGUACCCAGGAGCUUCAGAGUACGAUCAGAUUCGCUAUAUUUCACAGACGCAGGGCUUACCAGCAGAGUAUUUGUUAAGUGCAGGGACAAAGACUACAAGGUUUUUCAACAGGGAUACAGACUCACCGUAUCCUUUGUGGAGGCUGAAGACACCAGAUGAUCAUGAGGCAGAGACGGGGAUUAAGUCGAAGGAGGCAAGGAAGUAUAUUUUCAACUGUUUGGAUGAUAUGGCACAGGUAAAUAUGACAACAGAUUUGGAAGGAAGCGACAUGUUGGUGGAAAAGGCGGACCGACGGGAGUUUAUAGAUCUGUUAAAGAAGAUGUUGACGAUAGAUGCUGAUAAGAGAAUAACACCGAUUGAAACUCUGAACCACCCUUUUGUCACCAUGACGCACUUGCUCGAUUUCCCUCACAGCACACAUGUUAAGUCCUGCUUCCAGAAUAUGGAGAUUUGCAAGCGGCGGGUGAAUAUGUAUGACACUGUGAACCAGAGCAAGACACCAUUCAUCACCCACGUAGCCCCGAGCACAUCUACCAACUUGACCAUGACUUUUAACAACCAGCUGAACACAGUGCACAACCAGCCCUCAGCGGCGUCCAUGGCUGCGGUGGCCCAGCGGAGCAUGCCCUUGCAGACAGGAACAGCGCAGAUCUGUGCCCGGCCCGACCCCUUCCAGCAAGCUCUCAUCGUCUGCCCACCAGGCUUCCAAGGGUUACAAGCUUCCCCUUCGAAGCACGCUGGGUAUUCCGUUCGGAUGGAGAAUGCUGUUCCCAUUGUCACUCAGGCUCCUGGGGCUCAGCCUCUUCAGAUCCAGCCAGGACUCCUCGCACAGCAAGCAUGGCCCAGCGGCACACAGCAGAUCCUGCUCCCUCCUGCCUGGCAGCAGCUGACUGGGGUGGCCACCCACACUUCUGUCCAGCACGCGACCGUCAUCCCUGAGUCCAUGGCAGGCACCCAGCCACUGGCAGACUGGAGAAACACCCACGCUCAUGGCAGCCACUAUAAUCCCAUCAUGCAGCAGCCCGCGCUGUUAGCUAGCCAUGUGACUCUCCCCGCAGCCCAGCCCGUCAAUGUGGGUGUUGCUCACGUCAUGCGCCAGCCGCCCGCCGCCGCCACCUCCACCAGGAAGAGUAAGCAGCACCAGUCGGCGCCUCGAAAUGCAUCCACCUACGAAGUUUCGUCCUCUCAGUCCAUCAGCUCGCCUCAGCGGUCGAAACGAGUGAAGGAAAACACGCCUCCUCGCUGUGCCAUGGUGCACAACAGCCCUGCCUGCAGCACUGCCGUCACCUGCGGCUGGGGUGACAUGGCCACCAGCACCACGCGGGAGCGGCAGCGGCAGCCCAUAAUCAUUCCCGACACCCCCAGCCCCGCUGUGAGCGUCAUCACUAUCAGCAGCGACACCGAUGAAGAGGAGGAGCAGAAGCAUGCACCCACCAGCACCUUGUCCAAGCAAAGGAAGAACGUCAUCAGCUGUGUCACUGUGCAUGAUUCCCCCUACUCCGAUUCCUCCAGCAACAACAGCCCCUACGCCGUGCAACAUCGCGCAGGACAGAAUAACGGGAACACAUAUGACACCAAAGGGGUUCCAGAGACUCACUGCAGUGGGAACCCCCGAACGAUCAUCGUGCCACCACUGAAAACCCAGGCCAGUGAGGUGUUGGUAGAGUGUGAUAGCCUGGCACCAGUCACCACCAGUCACCACUCAUCCUCCUACAAGUCCAAGUCCUCCAGCACCGUGACCUCCACCAGCGGUCACUCUUCAGGGAGCUCGUCUGGAGCCGUUGCCUAUAGGCAGCAGCGACCAGGAGCACAUUUCCAGCAGCAACAGCCUCUUAAUCUAAGCCAGGCCCAGCAGCACAUCACGACUGAUCGCACAGGGAGUCACCGGAGACAGCAAGCCUACAUCACUCCAACGAUAGCUCAGGCCCCGUACUCUUUCCCGCACAAUAGUCCCAGCCACGGUACAGUUCAUCCUCACUUGGCCGCGGCUGCCGCUGCUCACCUGCCCACCCAACCCCACCUCUACACAUACACCACCCCAGCCGCCCUGGGCUCCACGGGCACCGUCGCGCACCUGGUGGCCUCCCAAGGGUCUGCACGGCACGCCGUGCAGCACACCACCUACCCCGCCAGCAUCGUCCACCAAGUCCCCGUCAGCAUGGGCCCGCGGGUUCUGCCCUCGCCCACCAUCCACCCGAGUCAAUACCAGGCUCAGUUUGCCCAUCAGACCUAUAUCAGUGCUUCUCCAGCCUCCACAGUCUACACUGGAUACCCACUGAGCCCCACCAAGGUCAACCAGUACCCUUACAUCUAAACACUGGAAUAAGGAGCGAGAGACACGCCCAGCCCGGCGGCUGCUUUUGUACUGAAGAACAUGACAAAUAACAAUGCAAUGGGAGGCUCGCGGGAAACUUGAACGAAGGAGACUUUCAGGAAGAAACGAGAAAGAGGAAAGAAAGGGGAGAACCAAUUCUACACUUUUUAUUUAAAAAAAAAAAAAGAAAAUGGAAAAAAAGAACAGAAAAAAUAUAAAACCACAAAAAAAAAAAAAAAAAAAAAAAAAAAACAACCAUUCUGCACCAAACUAGAGAGAGAGAGAAGCAGAAGGACCCUCCAGCGGGUCCUGUGUUUUGAAGAACUUCACCAAUAGACUUUUAAAGGUUAUUUUCAUCCAAUAGUGAGCUACAUUUAGAAAUUUGUUGUCCAGAACACCUAAAAUAAAAUCCAUCAGGCAUUUAAUCCAGUAGGUGUAUGGAGUAGGGAUUUAUCCAGCAUUUCAGAGGGUUUUGCCCCAUUUUUGGCUGUGGUCUCUGUAUCCCAAAGCACGCAUGAGGCUUUGGGGGUUCUUCUGGAAAUAGAAAAUGGCUAAAGGAGGCUGAGGGAGGAGGAGGAAACGUUGUCUCAGUGCUCUUAAAUUCUGACCUAACGCUGAUUUGCUUGAACAUAUGUGGGCAAAACAGGCCACGCAGCGCUGGUUGAGAUCAGAAGCAAUGGGGUUGUUUUUUCCCUUUCCUUGAACACACUGGAUAAAUCCCUGAGAAAUUCUGUUCCUAAAUGAGAUCUCUAAUAAUGUAUGUUGGAUUUCAGUUUUGUUUUAUUUUGUUUCAUUUGGAAGUUUUCCUUUUAAUCCCUAGCCGUUUUAGUAUAGGAGGAGACAUUUUAGCUGCCCCCGGUAGAAUGUAGCACUCUACAGGUCAUACACCCUUUUUACUCUUUUGUGUUGAACUUCAACGAUACCAAUAGAUUAUUCCUCAAUGUGAUUGCACAAAGAAAAGUGAUAUAACAUAGGCAUGUAAGAAAUGUGAUUGUCCAGGUAUGUAUGUACGUGUGUGCGUGUGUGUGUGCAGAUGCUGCCUUCUCUCUGUGGUGUGUUCCUCGGCACAGCCAUUACAGCUGUCACAGUCUUAGUUUUACAUCAUUCCCUCGUAGUGCCUUACCGAACUACAGAUGCGGUUUAAGGGUUUACUUCCACUGGUACUCCUAGAAACUGACUGAGGCUAGUCGGAAUUUAAUCUCAGCUCUUUUUCUUUUUGGGUUGUUAUUGUUGAUUUUCUUCUUCUGGUGGUGGUGUUUUCUUUUCCCACGUCGUCGAUCUUAGCUCACUUGGCAUGGUGUUGGGGAGGCUUGCUGGGGCUGGAAGCGUGUAUAUCAGGAUGUUUCCUCUAGCACUGAAUGGGCUGGAAGGGACCAGGUCGUUGUGAGACCCAGCAUGCUUCCCAGGGGCUCUGAAGGUGUGUUCGUGGAUUGGCCUCUUUCUUCCUGUUGGAAGAACAGCUUUCCUCCCCUAAAACUGAGUCCUUAUGCUUGCUGAUGGUAAAGUAGAAGGACAGAGCCCUCCUGAAUCGUCAGCUUGUCCUAGUUGUGUGUUUGAAAUGGGAGCAACACCCUAGCCCGUGGGAGGGGGCAACAGCAGCUGUUGUCAACAGCUCUCACUAUGUCUGUCAAUGGGAGGGGAUCAGGAAUGGGCUAAAUUGGGGUACCAAAGCAAGCAUGGCAAAAUCCAGUUGAGGGAUUCAAACUCAGGUUUCAUAAAUGAUAGAGCAUUGAGAGUCAUCGGGCCUUACCCACUGUAACACAGUUGUGGCAGAAUGCAUUUCCCGUCCUCCCCCUAAACUUGCUCUGGAAGAUUUCCUGCAGUUGGGUGUCCCUUGAGCCGGGAACACAUUGUAGUCUGGGUCCUCCACACCGAGGAGCAAGGAGCAAGGGAGGUUUUGCUGGUAACAGCAGUUGCACUGCUAUAUCGGGAUUUAGAAGUGUCUCUGAAGUACCCUUGUAUAUGGAAGGGCUUGGGAGGAAGGAGAGAAGAGAGUUUGAUAGAAAGUUUCUGUGAAAGCUGAAGUCUACGUGGCUGCUCAGUUCCACUCUUCGUUUCUCGGUAACUAGAGCAUGAAGUAUUUAAGUGUUUCACAAGAUGCAGGCUCAUCGUCAUGGUGGCACGGGGUGGGUUCCCUAGCAGCGAUAGGGAAGGAGGUUCUUUCAAGAAGGGAAGCUGGCAGAAAGACGAGCACAAAUGCAUUGUCUUGUGGUGAGUGCUUGGCUGGCCUGAUCGAGGGGAUCCUGCUACGCAUAGAUGGGGCAACGAGACUGUUGCCUUCUGAUCAACCACCAAGUAACAUCCCUGGUUGCCAGCUCUGAUUCCUGGGCUGUCCUUACACAGUUUUCUUUUCCUGCCUGUCCUUCAUUCCAGCUCAAUAUACUGUAGGUGAGGAUGCGAUCUCCCAGCAGUCUGUGCACCUUACGCCUUCCAUUGGAAAUACAGCACAUCCCCUUUCAUCUGGGGCAGAAAAAUAAUUCCCCGUUCUCUUUCUGAAAUUCUGUUGCAUUCCUCUCCUGUCCCACCAGUUCAGGAAUGAGAGUGUCAUGCUGCUUGUGUCAUGAAAAGGAAAGAUAAUGAUAUUUUAUUGUAUGGUUGUUACGAUUAUUGUUAUUAUUUUAUUGUUAUUAUAUUUUACUCUGGGUUUUAAUUGCACAUGCAUUCCUUAAUCCUUGUGUUAUUUUAUCUCUUAGUAUUGUUAUUGUUGUUAAUUUUAUGUCCCUUCGUCGGUGGCAUCAGAAGGGUUGCUGUGUUUGUGAACACAGCGGGAGGAAGGGGAUGCAAGGUUGUCCUGAGAAUGAAAUUGCAGGGGAAGCGUGCGGCUCUGUGAGACAGCCUGGAGGGGCGGGAGGUGUCCUCCACUCCCCAUCUGCAUUUCAGAAGUCCAGGAAGAUUCAUUCAGAGGCCAAAACCAAUCAGCAGCUAACAGCGGUCUGUCAGGGGAGCUGAAUUAAAGGCAGGUGGGGACCUUGGGCCUUAGGAUGUAGCUCAAGAUCACUUUGUUUGAUCGGACACUUCUACGAGAUCAAGACUCCAUGUGCUCCAGGCCAUGAUCAGGUGGCCUUUACAAUUAACCCGAGGCCAUGCUAUGUGUUAAGAUUGGGUUUUCUCUAAGGCAAAAGCAGAUAGAUAGUUCCCCAGAAGCAGGACUAGCAGAGGAACCACUGUGAAGGAGGGCACGUGGCUCCCAGUCCCAUCACUGGAUGAACAACACUGGUAUGCACAGGAUGUUUUUGCUGGGUAAAACAUGGCCACAGAGAGCAGGUUCCUCACCUCUCCUUCUCUCUGAGCAUUAGUGAGGUGUUCACGGAUGCUUGGUUGGCAUUUUUUUCCCCUGAUGUAGAUUUUUUCUUCUUUUAUAAUUAUUUGUUGUCAAAUUUUAUUAUUAAGCUAUUCUAGUCUCUAGAAUGUAGGUAUUUAUGUUUUCAAUUUGCUCUGUUAGAAUGGGGGGAAGCAGUGACUGAAUUUAAACUCCUUAAAAAAAUGAUAGGACUUCAGCAGAGACUUAAUCAUGCACCUGAGUGCUUUGCUAAAAAAUAGACUUUAAACCCUUCGAGUUAAUUACUUGUUUGUGUGCUUCUCUGGCUUAGGACUGUUGAAGCAUGGAAGGCUGUAAUCUCAGUCACAAUCACAUUUCAGUUGUACUAACAGUGUUUUCCCUGUGUACCUACCUGGUCUGUUCUCCCACUUGGGCUUGAAUCUGAUUUCAAGGGUGUUGGACAGGGCAGUGUGGCACACGUGGGCAGCAGAAGCAAUGCUUGUCAGAGGAGGUGGCCUGUUACAUUGCCCUCACUGGAGUCGCUGACCUGCCAGCUGUAGGGGUGGGAGAAUCGUGGUGAAGGGACACUGGUGGCAAGGGAUGAGUAGCAUGACCAUUGGACUGCUGUGGUGUUGCAACACUGAGAGGUAUGUUUUCUGGUGGAAUUCAGCAACACCUCCUCCCUCACACCCAUGCAAAGGCAUAGGAUGGAAAAGUGUGGCACUGGUAGGCACAGGGGAAAGCUGAUUGCAUUAGCAGAGGAAACAAAUGCUUUGCGUGCUAUCAAGUGCCACAUACAUAACAACAGCCAGCUUGUUUUGCUUGCGGAGUCCUCUGGGGAGGAAACAGGACUGGAGUGUUUGGGCUGGGUUGGUGCUCUUUGUGUGCCUGGAAUGAACUGCAUGGAAACUUGAGAGAGGGGGCGAAUGUUUAGAUGCUGGAGGUGUUAAGGAUGGCUAGUGACUGGCACUUUGGAAAGGCAGUCCCUUUCCACAUUGUCUCAUCUUGCUUUCUCCAUGCCUGGGAAGCAGAAAAAAGCACGGACAUUGCCACUCCUUGUGGGUAGAUGUUCAGAUUCCUGCUGUGAAACCAGAACAUGGAAGGGAGUGGGGAAAACAAUUGACCUGAGCAGAAUGGGAGACCCGAACAGAAGCACUUCCCAGUGCAGAUGGGGUCAAAUCCAGUCAUUUGAGAGAGCAAAUGCAAUCACAUCUUCCUCAGCAGGGUUGUGCUUGCUUGCACUAACAAAUCAGGCCUCAUCAGAUCUCUUUCUCUCUCUAGCGAUUUUGUCAUAAUAGCCGAAGCAUUCCAAGAAAGGGACACUUCUAUCUGACGUUUUUCCUUUUUUAUACUUUCAAGGGAUUAUAUCUUGCAAUUUGGUUUGAAGGAAAUUCCCUUUGCAAACUUGAAGGGCGAUGAACCCAGCUCUUUCGUUAACCAAAGAAGAUUUUUUUAAAGAUAGAGAGGAAGAGACCCCCAGCCAGUACAGAAACCAAACCAAGCCACGGCUGCCAGGCAGCAGCGAUGAGCUGUUGAACUGCCUCUUCUGUCUUCUUUUACUUUUUCUCUCUCAAGUUUCUAUUGUUAUCUCAAGUAGCUAGCUUGAUAAGCAGAGAAAUUCACACUAAAUAUUGCUGCUAUCCUAAACUUUAGGGGAUGUCAAAAACUUUGUUCUUCUCUCAUUAUCAUUCACCUUAAUUAAGAUGCGUCAGUGGCAACAGCAUGGCAUUGAAAUUAGGAGCUGCCUGGUGGGAAUAAGCUUCUGGUUGAUCUGUAUGCUUCUGUAGCAUUUGCUUUGCAUUUAGGACACUGGUUUUGCUCUGUGGGUCAGACCCCAAAGAGUGCUGCUGUGUGAGGCCUCUGCAGGGCUGGGCACAGGUGCUGGAUGGAGCAGUGUGUUUUCCACAGCUUGGCAGUCAGCCCUCUGGGGAGGCCUGCUGGAUGAGGGAUGCCUGUACCCAGGGUGUGUGUAACUGAUCUUAGCCCAGGGUGGGGAAAAUAUGGGGUGGAGAGGCUUUCCCCUUCCUGCUGAUGUAGCCAUUCCUGUCCUAUGGGAAUGUGUGUCUCCAAUGCCUGACACCUGCCCUGUCUCCCCCUUGUCCCCAAAUCCCCCUAGUGCUCUAAUGAGAUGCCCCAAGGUCCCUACUCGCCACCUGUGGCCUGCAACCAUGUGUGCAAGUUGUCCUGCUUGUCCCAUGUGCAUGGAGGUGGAUCUGUGCCACUGGGCUCCCCACACCACAGCACUGAGGAGAAGGAGGAGGAGGAGGAGGAGGAGGAGGAAGAGGAGGAGAAUUCCACCCAGGAGCAGAACAGGCCAUAGCUGCAUGCCUGGGUGGUGCUGCACCUCUGAGUGGUGCUCAGAGCCAGUGUGCCAGCCCUGUGGCAGACAGUGCUGGGGCUGCUGCAGGAGGCACCAUGUUGUCCAGCUGGGCCUCGUGGUGCACCAGGCCUUGGCAGGCCGCUGAGGCCAACCCAGGUGCUGUGUGAGCCAGAGCUGCCAGCCUGGGGCCUGGUGCUGGAGGUGGCUUCUGCCCAGGGUGGCUGGUAUCCUGUAGGAGCUGUGGGCACGUGUGGCAACAUGCAGGUUGAGGGCUGUGGCAGCCAUAGUGGGCCCUGCCUGUGCCAGGCGCGGUCGGUGGAAGGAUGCAUGUCAGAGCAUUUACAGCGUCAGGAGUGAGAUCCGAAGCGUGAAUGAGCUUGGUUCCUCAAGAGUCUUACAAAGCAUACUCAGAAGGUUGGCUUUCUGCAUUUCUAGUUUGAAACUCCUGUUUCUCAUUUACGGGUUAGCUUCGUCCUUCCAGUUUUAGCAGUGCUGCUAUAACAAACUGUUUGUGUGUGUUUGAGGAUAAAGGGGUUUUUUUUUUGUUUGUUUGUUUUUAAUCUUUUGCUUAUCGUAGUUAAUCUAAGAAAGGCAAUACUAAAGGUAUAUUUUUUUUCCAAAAAUGAUAUUUUUUACUGCACUGAUAAAUAUUGUGACAUCUCUGUUCUGAACUCUUUUGCUGUGAGGGGAACCGUGUGCAGACUCACACAGACCUGUAAAUACUUGCGUGUACUUCUGACAGCCAGGGAUUCUUUUUUCUCUUUUUUGUUUCUUCUUUUCUUUCUUUCUUUAGAGCAAGGUUUCUUCUUUGAAACAGGAGGCAAUGGGGCAACGAUGCUCAGAGCAAAGCGUAUCCCACUUUGAGAACAUAGCCAAGGAGUUUUCGAAGUGCUGGCGUAGAGUUAACGUUUAAUGCCGACGUAUUUGAUUUGGUUUGAUUUUUUUUUUUUUCCAGCAACUUGUUUGGAAAGGAAUAAGGCAGAAGAGCUUUGGUCUGGAGUUCUGAUCAGAAAUGUUAUCCGUCUCUUUCAUGGCACCUCCCAGUUCUGCUUUUGUUGUUGUUUUUCCUUUCUUUUUCCCAAACUGGCUCACUGCAGGCUCGCUGCCCUGGGCUCUCGGUCAGCCGGCGGCUGCGGUGCUCGGGGACCACCGGUCCCUUUGGAAGCAAACCCACUGGCCAGGACCCCAGGUGCUGGCCCAGCAGAGCGUGGGAUAGCCUCGGGUUUUUUUUUUACGGAAGGAUUUAGAUACACUUAUAUUACGCAAACUGUGACCUAAUGGCAAUAAUUACCUCAAAUGUGGGCAUUCAUCCUGGUUUUAGCCUUUCUGAAAACAUGUAGCCAGCUUGAACUUCGAUUCAAAGACUCUAAACUCUGUAUGGGCGGAAUAGCGAUAAAUGCCCACCCUGGUCAUUGUUGCUUGAGUGGAUUCUGAUGACAGUGAAUCUUUAAAGAGAGAGAGUUAAACCAAGGAAUAGAUUACUCUUUUAUGUAUUUUAAUCAAUUGUGAUGUUAAAUGCACAUGUAAGUAUAUAUGUUUAUAGCUACUGUAAAAUGCUUUGGCCUUCUAGAAGAUAUUUAAUGAGUCACAUUUUAAACCAAUAUGAACUGAAUAAUAGACUGUGGCUACUUAAACAGUUUUCUGGCUACAUUUUAUAGUUAUUACAGUGUUUUAUAGUUUACAUUUAAACUGGUACUUUUUAAGGGAAAUCUUGUGUUUGUAAAUGACACCUUCAAAAACUCAAUACAGCUGCCUCUUUUUAAUUUUGCCCUUUAAAAAUGGAAAAGUACAAGUGUGUCUUUAAUAUGUAUAUUCUGUUUUGAGAUAUAACAUAGUGUUGGAAAGUCAGUCCAGAGAUCAAGUAAUCCACUGUACUCCAAAGUCUGGUUGAGAAAACACUCCACCCACUCUGCAGAUUUAGCACAUGUAGCCCAACAGAUAAGCUGUGUGCGUACUCGUUUAGAUUGCGUACUUUACCGAACUCCUUGGGUUGUAGCAGGGAGCACAGUGCUCCCAAAGUCACUGCUCUUUGUAGGAUCCUCAUCUGGAUGAAGAUACCCAUGUAAGGAGAAUGAAGGAUAUUCAAAGGAAGGAUCGUAUUGUACUGUUGGUCAAUCGUUAGCCAAAUAAUGAAUUCCUGAGUUAGCAAUUCCCUGUUUUACUUUGGUUUUGUGUGUGCAUGUGUGUUUGGUGUGUGACAGCCACUCAGAGGCAAUGCUGUAAUUUGGCUUUUGUCUGUUCACCCCAUUGUUACAAGCAGUGCUUACCCCCACAGAGACGUUUUGAACCAGUAAACGAAAUGCAAAGUUCAUCGACCAUCCCCUUGUCAGCUUUGUUUUCUUAGCCAACGUCAGUUCCCAUCAGCACUGUCUCACUUAGCUGUCUGGCUUGGUCUUUUGUGUUCUGCCACUUGAGUAACCAAUGAACAUGGUAUAAAUGUCUGCUGGGCAAAACGAUACUGCUGAGGUACUGCGUGCCCUCUUCCUCAACCACCGCAUACGGCUGCCUUCGGCACCUGCCUGGCCUCUUCUAGGGGUCAGACCCGCAAGCACCAGCACACUCGAGUGGAGGAGGCAGAGUCCCGUUGAAUACUUAGGCUUGCAGCUUGUCAGGCAAGAAGGGGUUUCCGCCACUGGCAACGCACAUCCCUUAGAACCCGCUGGUUACAUAUAGCGCUGCUGCCCUCAGAAAGGAAAUAGCAGGCUUCUGCAGUGCUUCCACAUCGCGUGGUUACAUGCAACACUUCUGGAUCUUUUUCCCCCUUUUUAUUCCUUCUGUGUUCGAUUCUGUAUCUUAUUUAAUUUCACUUCUGUUCUGUAUUCUUCUCAAAAUGAGACUUCCAUGGAUAUCCCAGGGCACAACCAUUUCAGGUGUAAAAAAAAAAAUAAAAAGGAUCCCAUCCCAUGUUUCACCGACUGAGAAACCAAGGCUUUUUGGGUACCGACUCUACUUGGGCAGAACCAGAACGUAGCCUGUGUCUUUUAUACCAAAUCCAAUUUCUGAAAGGAGCGGAAGUGUAACUAAUAGCUUUAUUGAAGGAGCGAGAGAGAGAGAGAGAGUGAGAGAGGGAGCGAGACGGAGACGAGAGAGAGGGGCAUCUGGGAAGUGGUGGAGGCUGGACUCCGGGUAGUUAAGAGCCAACCAAUGGGUGAAACUUUUUUUUUUUUUUUUUCCAAGUGGUAAAAUCCUUCUAAAACCAGGAGUGGGGGAGUGGAGGGAGCGUUUUGUACCUUCUGACUGCUCACAGGGCCAGUGCACUCUGGGUGGGAAGUGGAAGUUAACGAACACUGCACCGAAAUUAAGGAGGGGGAGAGAGGGGAGGAAAAGCUGUGAAAUACGGUCACCGCUGCAAGGGGAGGGAUGCCCCUGCCCGGCUCUGCAUCUCCAAUGGUUCUUUCUCUACAGCAUCAUCUCAGCCCAGAUACCCCACAAAAGCCCUGAGCCGUUGUGUUCCUUCACUGUACGGUUUCUGUAAUAAGAGUGUUAAUCCAUGUUAAUCUUUGUGGAAAUUACCGUGUGCGACAGUAUUUUCUUGUGUACUGCUUUUUUCCUAUGUGAAUCGUCCCUUCAUUUUUUUUCUUUCUUCGUUUUUCUUUUUCCUUUUCCUUUCCUUUUUUUUUUUCUUCUUUUUUUUCUUUUCUUUCGGUAAAUGCGUCUUCUUUUAAAGAAAAAAAAUCAACAAAACAAACAAAAAAAAAACUAAUGUGUUGUAGACCUCUAUGUAACCUAUUCCUUAGUCUCAUAUUAUAGGUAUGUUAUAAGAAUGGAUAUUUUACUUGGCUUUAGAAUGUUUUACAAGAAAACUAAUUCUUAACCAAUCAAGUUCUUGCUACUAAAAAGAAAAGAAAAUGCUUGUGUUUUUCAUCAUGACGUUGUGUGCUUCUAAUUAAUAAUCAUUUUCGUUGUAGAAAAAUGGAGUGAAUUUAUAUUAGUCUUGGAAACUAAUAAUAGCAUUGUAAAUUUAUGAGAUGAUUUUAACAGAAAAUACAUUAUAGAAGAAUAUAGUUAUUUUAAUUGUAAUAUUACUAACUGUAGGGUGAGAAAGGAGGUCCCGUUGUGGUGAACUAUGUUAUAGCUUGUUAUUCACGGUUUCUUUUUGAUCAUUUUUUCGGUCUCUGAGGUGAAACGAGUUAUUAAUCAGAAUUUGUAAACUCACAUAUGCAUAUUGUAUAUGUGUAGAAAUGUAAUCACACUUUGUCUUGGAAUUACAUUAAACUGUUUUAAGUCACUGCAA